ACUUCCAUUCGAUUGCGCAGAGAGAGAGAGAGAGAGAGAGAGAGAGAGAGAGAGUUGACGCUUGUGUGCGUGCCGCUGGUGGCGAAGACGGUGGAGCAGAUGGUGGCGGAGAUGGCCGCCGCCAGGGCUCGCGGCGCCGACCUCGUCGAGAUCCGCCUUGACCACCUCGCCGUCUUCCAUCCCUGGCGGGAUCUUCAGCUCCUCCUCAAGAACCGACCUAUUCCCGCCCUCGUCACCUACAGGCCAAAGUGGGAAGGAGGUGAAUAUGAAGGUGAUGAUAGCCGGCGGUUCAACGCACUGUGCUUAGCUAUGGAAUUAGGAGCUGAAUACAUUGAUAUCGAGCUUAAGGUUGCUGGUGAUUUUGUUAGAUUCAUAUCAGGAAAAAGGCCAGAGAACUUUAAGCUUAUUGUAUCUUCGCAUAACUAUCAAAGCACACCAUCAAGGGACGUGCUUGGCAGCCUUGUAGUAAGAAUACAAGCUGUCGGGGCUGACAUAGUAAAGAUUACAACAACUGCUUUGGAUAUUGUUGUUGUAACACACACGUUCCAAGUAAUUGUGCAUUGCCAAGGAAGGAAUCAGCUGCUGGAUAGCCGACUAUCUCUGACUUGUUGAAUUUGUAUAAUAUCAAACACAUAGGCCCUGAUAUGAAGGUCUUUGGAAUUAUUGGCAAACCUGUGGGCCACAGCAAGAGCCCAAUUUUGCACAAUGGGGCUUUUAGAUCAGUUGGUUUGAAUGCAGUUUAUGUACCACUUUUGGUGGAUGACCUUGCAAAUUUUCUCACUGCCUACUUAUCCCUGGAUUUUGCUGGUUUCAGGUACAAUGUGGAUUAUGAAUAGAACCUCAAUACCUAUUUUUUGAUGUAUAAGUCAUUGUUAAAAUUUUCCCUAUGCUUUGUUAACUUAUAUUUCUUA